UUGAAUGGUCAGGAGGUGUGUGAAUGUGUUCAUCUUUGCUGAGGAGGGGCUGAAUGCGUGCAGGAGUGUGUGUGUGAGUGUGUAUUCAUGUGCGUGUGUGUGCACCUGUGUGUUAAAACAGCAUUGUUCCUGAUAGAGGGAAAGCUGUGCCGUGCUGUUUGGAAAAUCCAAGGUCAUUGGAGCCCAGUCACAUGCGCCAUAUGAGAGCGUGCAUGUGUGAUUGAGUGUCUGUGAGCGCGUGUGUCUCUCUCUCUCCCUCUCUCUCUGGCUAUGUGACAGAGAAAGAGGCUUCAGGCAAAGAACAGAGAAUUUCAUCAGGUUUUCCAUCAAUGUACGGUGUUUGUGGAUGCUGUGGGGCCCUGAGACCCCGUUAUAAGAGGCUGGUGGAUAACAUCUUUCCUGAGGACCCUGAGGAUGGUUUGGUGAAGGCUAACAUGGAGAAGCUUACUUUUUACGCCUUGUCUGCUCCGGAGAAACUAGACCGUAUCGGUGCCUACCUGUCAGAGAGACUAUCCAGAGACGUCGCCCGACAUAGAUAUGGGUAUGUUUGUAUUGCGAUGGAGGCAUUGGACCAGCUGCUGAUGGCCUGUCACUGUCAGAGUAUAAACCUUUUUGUGGAAAGUUUCCUUACUAUGGUGCGCAAGCUGCUGGAAGCAGACAAACCCAAUUUACAGAUCUUGGGCACUAACUCAUUUGUGAAGUUUGCAAACAUAGAGGAGGACACGGCAUCAUACCAUCGUAGCUACGAUUUCUUUGUGUCGUGCUUCAGUGAGAUGUGCCAUUCCAGUUAUGAGGAUCCAGAUAUUCGCACAAAGAUUCGUAUGGCAGGGAUCAGGGGUCUUCAGGGGGUGGUGAGGAAAACUGUCAAUGAUGAACUGCAGGCAAAUAUUUGGGACCCUCAACACAUGGACAAAAUCGUGCCAUCUCUCUUGUUCAACCUCCAACAGGAAGAAGGCAUAGAGAGGUCUCCUUCCCCAGAGACAGAGAAGGAGAGUCCAGUGGAACUGACAGAGAGAUGCUUUCGAGAGCUGCUUGGACGAGCGGCCUACGACAACAUCAAGAACGCUGUGAAACCUGUGCUCAUGCACCUUGAUAAUCAUUCACUCUGGGAGAGCAAAACAUUUUCAGUGCGCUGUUUCAAAAUCAUUAUGUACUCCAUUCAGUCCCAACAUUCACAUCUGGUGAUUCAGCAGCUGUUGGGCCAUUUGGAUGCCAACAGUAAGAAUUCAGCCCGAGUGCGUGCUGGGAUAGUGGAGGUGAUCUCAGAGGCAGCUGUCAUAGAGGCCAGUGGAUCCAUAGGGCCCACAGUACUGGAAGUGUUUAAUACUCUACUGAAGCAGCUCAGACUCAGUGUGGACUAUGAGCUCACAGGAUCCUACGACUCUUUUGCAAACCUGGGCUCCAAGGUCAUUAAAGUACACGAGGAGAGACAACUCCAAGAAGCUGUCAUCAAAACUAUUGGCUCAUUUGCAAACACACUGCCCACCUACCAACGGUCAGAAGUCAUGCUGUUCAUCAUUGGUAAAAUUCCUGUGCCAGGCAUGUAUCCAUCUCUGGGGUCGGCCAACACCGGGGUUGAGGGCAGUAGGAUGAUCCAGAUUAUGCUGCUGAAGUCUCUGCUGCAGGUAACAGCAGGAUUCCAGUCGACAAACAUUUUGACGGCACUUCCCACCUCAUUCCUGGACCCGCUCUUGUCCUUCACUCUGAUGGAGGACGCAGAGAUCCGUCUACUUGUUCUUGACAUCCUCAUCAGCAUCAUUGAUCGCCAUGACAACCGGCACAAAUUCUCCCCUGUCAGAAUUAUCUCAGAUAUCUCAAUACUGAAGUUGAAAGUAGACAAGUGCUCAAGGCAGGAUAACCUGUUCAUGAAGAAACACAGCCAGAGGCUGUACCGCCACAUUUACCUGGCCUGCAAAGAGGAGAGCAGCGUCCAGCGGCACUUUGAGUCUCUGUAUACGCUGCUGGGGUUGAUCUGUGUGGAGCUGGCCAAUGAGGAGGUGGUGGUGGACCUGAUCCGACUGGCUUUGGCAUUACAGGACCUGGCCUUGACUGAAGAGGCUCUUCCUGUAUACAACCGCUGUGCCAUCCACGCUCUGUCAGCUGCGUACCUGAACCUCAUCAGUCAGCUGACCACUGUGCCCACCUUCUGCCAACACGUCCAUGAGGUGAUUGAAUCAAGAAAGAAACUUGUCCCUUUCCUGCUGCCAGAGGAUGUUCUUGUUGAGAGCUCAAAGAUCCCAGAGAAGCUGGAGAAGGUGGAGGGAGAGGUGCUGUUUGUGCAGGCUAAGAUAGCAGAGAUGCUGGGUGGCAGCGGAUACAACACAGAGAGACUGGCCACUUCAUACAUCCCACAGAUCACAGAUGAAGACAGACUGUCUAAGAGGAAGAGUAUUGGAGAUACCGUCUCCCUGCAGUUAGAGAUGGAGUCUAGAAACAGUCCAGAAAAAGAGCAGAGAUCCACAGCAGAGCAGAUAACGUUUGAAACUCUUAAACAAGCCAUUGGAGACAGCGUGAAUGUGGAGGAGCUGGAGAGAGAGCGCAGAAGGCAGGUGGUCGAGAGGUUUCAGACCGCCCCGUUUGAGGAGAUAGCAGCCCACUGUGGGGCCAGAGCUUCCCUGUUGCAGAGUAAACUCAACCAAGUCUUCGAAAUCACAAUCAGGCCUCCACCGAGUCCGUCUGGCUCUGUCGGGAAUGGUCACGGCCGGACCCGCUCCGUACCAGUCUAUGAAAUGAAGUUUCCAGACCUCUGUGUAUAUUGAGAGACCCCGGAGCCCUAGUCACCACAUACAGCUGUUUUCAUCGCACUUUUAUCACUCCUUCUUAUGUCCAAGUGUAACUCUGUUUCUUCUAAACUGUGUUCUCUAGUAUAAUAUCAGACCUUAGAUAAGGAUUAUGGCUGUACUUUAUCCUGAAGUCUAUUUAUGCCAACAAAGACAAACAAACCAAGAGAAUAUACCAUAUGUUGGUUAAAUAUGCACUUAGUCUAGAUGAAAAACGACAAAUGAUCGUAUCUUGUCUGAGAGCGUAGAGAGCAGAAUGAGGUUUUCAUGGUUAGGUUAUUGUGUAAGCGUGUACAGUCUGUUGUAAUUGGUUUUCUUGCACAACUAAAGAGUAAAGCUGCCUUAAAUUUAGUAUCUUAAGAACAUUUGUCCAAGAAUGUCCCAAAUGUGUUUCCAAAAACUUUUUUUUUUUUCACCGUGUGGGUUUAGCUAAAUACAAGCUUUGUUUGCAUGUUUAAAUCGUCUGUACAUGCUGCAAUAACAGUUGUAUUUAAAGCAAUAAUUAUUGAAUUUUAAAGUAAAAACUCAAGCUGAGGAAAAAAUACAGCAAAUACUAAGUUUCUAGUUCAACUCAAUGCAGUAUUCCAGUCAGAACUGAUGGCUUAAUGAUAAAAAAGCAAAUGUGUUAUAGACCUGUAUCAUUAUUGAUUAUACUCUUGCUGAUGCAGUUUCAUACAUGAAGGGUUUUUACUUGCGUGAUGUUUGAUUAUUUGAUUGUAACCAGAGUGAAUGAAUGUUAUCAUUGGUGAAAUUAGCAAAAUUUCACAGGCAAAAAAAGUCCAUUGUUUACUGGCAAUGGUGUCACAAUGUAUAAAGCACAGUACACAAAGAAAUCACUUUCAAACCAAGCAGAUUUUUGCGAAUUUGCGUAACCAAUUUGAACUCAUUGCGAAAUCUGCUUGGGGUAAUCUUUUGCUCUGAUGUGAAAUUCCAGAUUGUAUGUAUUCGUAUUGAAAUGACUGUUUGCUAUAUUCUCUUUCAAACCAAGCAGCUUUCUGUUGGCCAAUGCAUGAAAAUUCUCGUUCACAUGGAUUCCUGUUGAGAUAAUGGCAUUUUGCCUGCAGAAUUAAAAGGUAAAUGCUACAGAGGUAAAAACCUUUCCCUAAAAAGGUAUAACCCCUACUUAGGGUCUAAAGGGAUCAAUUAUUUACCUUUUUUUUUUACCAUGAUUUGUGCAUUUCAUUUGACACUUAUACAGUGACGAGUCCUUUACUUAAAUUUGUAAAUAAUUUCAAGAUUUUGUUGUCCUGAAUUUAAACGCAGCACUUUAAUGCUCACUGUGUAAAAUGUGGUGUGUGCUGGAAAAUAUACUUUAUGUUGUGCAAAAUUUCAUCUUUUAUGGUGUGUAAUCUGUUGUCAUGUCAUAUUGUUCCGGUUCCACAUAAAAACAUGGAUGUUUUUAGUUCAUGAAGUAAUUUUUCAUGUUCUGGUAUUUUAUUUUAUAUUCAUCUUUGGGGAUACCUUGAAUUUAUUUGCAAGCAUAAAAACAAAAACAAAUUUAUAUGGCUAUGAUGGAAUAUUUUAGACUGCUUACAUGUGAGGUGAUUUUGCAUGUAUGAAAUUGUCAGCUGCUGCAUGCACUGGGUGUUUUGUUUGUGCUUUUACCAUUUUUCAUUGAAGUGAGAUCAUUACAACACUGUGGGCCGUAAUAAGUCAACUUAGUUCCUGUUAUGUGUUUAGAUGCCGUCACUGUAAAAGGAUGAAACUUCAGAACUGUGUUCUGUGAAUGUUUGCCUUCAUGAAAUCAAUAAGUGAUGUACAUAUGUGGUGUGAAUAAUAAGAAUAUCAAUUAAAGACUAAUUUUAUGAAUUCAAAGUC